UCCGGGGGCAAAGAUGUCUGUUAGUGCGGCGGAGUGGAAUAUCAUCAUUUGCUUUGCCGGACGUUUGUGAGUAAAUAUCAGCUGGAUGCGUAGCGCUAUUCCGCGACAGCGUGCCAACGUGCGAGCGCGACGACAUUAGGGACAAUCUUCACGGCUGUUCCACGAGAGAGCGACGAUGGGCCUCUUUCAGACCUCCUCGCCCUUCGACGCUGACGUCGAAAAGGCAACUAAUGAGAACAAUGUAACGGAAGAAUGGGGAAAGAUAAUGGAUAUCUGCGACAAAGUCGGCACCUCCAGUCAAAAUGCUAAGGACUGUUUACGUUCUAUUGUGAAAAGAUUAUACUGUCAGGACCCUCAUGUGGUCAUGCAAGCUAUCACAUUGUUAGAUGCUUGCACCAGUAAUUGUGGAAAAGUUUUCCACUUGGAAAUUGCGUCCAGAGAUUUUGAAAAUGAUUUAAGAAAGCUUAUUAACCAUCCACAACCGAAAAUAGUAGAUAAAAUUAAAGCACUUUUGAAAAAAUGGGUAGAAGGUGAUUUUAAGACAGAUCCGCAAUUGAAUCUAAUUCCAAGUUUAUAUAAUAAACUGAGAAGCGAAGGCCAUGAUUUUUCUUCUGUCUCAGAUACACCAAAACGUUCUAGCACUCUAAGCAGAGAUCCUAAUGUAGUAACAAAUUCGCAAGAAGAAUCAGAUAUCGCAAGAGCCAUACAACUUUCAUUACAAGAAAGUAAAGCUCAUACUCAAAGCACUUCAUCGCAUAGCUCGCCAGCCUCUAAAAGAAGCACUAGUUUAUAUCCUAGUAUGAAUUCUGUGGUUGGAGCAUCAAACACCUCCCAAGAAGGCAGGAAAGUACGUGCUCUGUAUGAUUUUGAAGCUGCAGAGGAUAAUGAACUGACAUUCUUAGCAGGAGAAAUAAUUAACAUUUUGGACGAUUCUCAUCCAAAUUGGUGGAAAGGUAGCAAUCAAAGAGGCGAAGGGCUUUUUCCUUCCAAUUUUGUUACUGCUGAUUUGUCUGUUGAACCAGAAGAAUUUACAAAAUUGGAACAUAGUAACAAAAAAUUAGUGCAAUUCGCAGAAGAAGUAGAAGUAAAAAUGGUAAAACGUGAACCUGAAGUGGUGGAAGUUGAAAUAGAUGAAAAGAAAAUGGAUAGAUUAUUACAUCUGCUUCACGAAGCUGAUCCACAAUGUGAUACCUCCGAUCCUCAGGAAAUGCUCGAUUUAGAAGAACAAGUCACGGCAAUGGGACCUUUGAUCGACGCGGCUUUGGAAAAAGUAGACAGGCGGCAUGCGCAGCUUACUCAAUUAAGUUCUGAUUUGGUCCCGUCUGGUUACACUUUGCCUAAAAUGCAGCCACAUAUAAGUCCUUAUCCAUUCCACAAUCCGGGACCACCACCAGCGCACAUGUUUAAUGGUAUGCCGCCUUCUCCGUUCCCCACUGGAGCUGCCUCAGGCCCGGUAGGACCAUAUAACGCGAGUUUGCCAAGCACCGAGUACAUGGGUCCUACCAGUAUGCCAAACAUGACUUUACCUCAACAUUUUCAUGUUCAAUCAGGAUCCCACCAACAUCCACCUGGACACCCACAAGGGUCAUCUUUGCCGCCGCCCGAUCAAACUAAUCUACCUUAUCAACCACAAGGAUAUCCACCUCAAAGCGGCCCAGCACCCGGGCCAUAUGGCCCGCCUGGACCUACAGGACCUAUAAAUCAGCAAUCACAAUAUGCUCCACCAAAUGGGCAACACAUGAUGUAAAGCAAAGCUAUGCGUUACAAACUCAUCUUGUACUCUAAUUCAAGCUGUACAAUAUUACUAUAUUAUAAUUAUUUAAAUAAACAUACCCAAAGUAGCCAAA